ACUAAGACGCCGAGGGAGGCCUUUCACGACAACCAGAUUGGACACAGUGGCCACCCACAGUCAGCAAAAUCAGCAAAUUUCCGAUAUUCGACCACUUUUUGACCAACCCUUUCAACAUAGGAACGUAGGCAAAAAUUACCUCUGCCUACGUUCAAGGCAAUACUGACUUGACCAUUAGACGCCGGGGCGGAAAUACCCCUCGCCAGCGGCCGACUGCGCGCGCAGGGGUAGCGACGCGGCCUUCGCGGCACGGAGUCUCUCCGCCUCUCCCUUCCCCUCCCGCCGCUUGCCGCCCUUGCCGCCCUCCGCGCGCGCAUUCCGCCCCCUUUCCGGCCGUUCUCUGUCUUUCACUGCAUUUCUCUGCCCUUCGCCGCAAUGUUGAGUAUUACUAUGAUAAGUUGUAUUGUAGUUUCACAAUUGAAAAGUGUUCUCAAUUCCCGCCCCGGUGGAUGUAGUGUAUAGUCGAUCCGGCUGCGCCGAGGUUCGAGAUAUCGAAAGACCGAAGUUAGUAACUGGUUGUCUAUGUAAAAAGACGAACAAUAAAUCAAAUCACUUCUCUGAACAACGUCAAUGAGUGCACACGUUAAUCCGUCAGCUUCCCUGCAAUCCGUAAUCAACUAGUUUCCAGUUGAUUGUCUAUGAUUCUAUUUCCGCCGCUAAGCAUCAUCUAUCCUUUUAAACAGAGAAAGAAGCUCCACAAUCAGCAGUCAUGGAGGAAGAAGGAAUAGAUCCUUCUUCAGUGAAUCGCAAUCCUAAAGUCAUAAAAGCUGCCCAGGAGGAAAUUUCAUGUAUGGAUGUAUUAGUUUGUGGAAAAUGUCAUGUAGUGUUCCAUUUCAUUGAAGAGUUCCAGGAACACAAGGAAAAGAAUGAGUGUGGCUCACCAGUGUUUAAAGCAAACCUUUCGGAACCAAAGCCCCAAGUCUGGGCCUUUCUUCUUUGGAAGAGUUCUCAAGCAAAGCCCACUGGCGAUGGAGACCAAGUCAGUUCAUGGAAACUGUAUCAAAAAUGGUGUAAAAUGCCAGACAACAUUCGAGAAGCUUGGAUAUCUGCUGGGAAAGCCAUACAGGUGUCUACUACAUUGGCCAGUGCAAAAAUGCAGGAAGUUAAGUCCCCCCUGGCAAAGGGCCCUGUUAUGCAAAAGCCAGGAAUUAUUCGCAAAGUCAUCAAAGGGAAGCCUCUUGCAACCACUCCUACUAUUCAAGGUAGUAUGGAGAAAUUAGCUGAGAAAGAGGAAGACAUAAAGACAGAUGAUGCCAAGAUGGAAGAUGCUGCUUCUAAACCAGAGAAUGGCAACAAUGAAGUUGAAGCAACAGAGCUGAAUAUUAAGGAAGAGCAGGUGAGUGAAGCCGAACUGGCAUUUGAGGAUGAAGAUGAAGAAGAAGAGGAGCGCAUUCGCAGACUUGAGGCUGGCGAAAGUAUUGAAGAAAUUGACAAGACUGUUCAACGACAGCGGCAACAAUCAUUACAUACAACUGUCCUCAAGAAAAAGACUGAUGGUGAAACUAAAAUCACACCUUUGCUGAAGGCAAAUACUGAGAGUGAAGAAGAAUAUGUUGUUGAACGAAUCGUCUCAAGACGUUACAAUAUUAGGAAAAAAGCUUAUGAAUAUUUUUUAAAAUGGGAAGGAUAUUCAGAUCAACAAAACACAUGGGAACCAGCUGAAAAUCUUGCUGAUUGCAAACAUCUUCUUGACAACUUUGAACGUAACUUAGCCAAACAGAAGCAGUUGCAGGCACAGGGAAAAGAUCCAAUGAAGAAAGGUCCUUCAGGUCUUCCUUCAGGACCUAAAAUGAUAACCGCAGAUAUAUCUGCUACAAGCACUCCAAAGCCUGAAGGUUCACCAGCUAGAGGCCGCCCUGUCAGAAGUAGCAAGAAGAAGGCUUUGGAUCAGGUCAAAGCCUGGUGUGGAUCUAUGUCAACAAAGAAAGCAGAUGAGGACGGAUUACGAGAAGGGUCAGACUUGUCUGAUUUUGAAGAUGGUGCCCGCAAAGCAAAGCGAUCUUCUGAGAGUGAAGAUAUGAGUCAGUAUGAUGGAUUAUCUGCUGAUGAACUUCCUGUGAAGCGGCGGAAGAAAGAAGAUGAGGAAUUUUUAUCAGUUCGUAGAGGGCCUGGUCGACCACGGAAAAUCUUGAAACUCAAUGGAGAUUCUCCUGUUAAAUCUGAUUCUGCAAACCAAGAGCUAGCCAAGUCAUUCCUUGGUGAAUUUAUAUCUGGACUGGAUGGUAAUUCUGGUAAAGGUCCUAUAGUUCUUGGGAAGAAACCUGAUGGGACUGCAAUGUCUCCCUCUCAGCAACCUGUUUUGGUCGCAAAUUCUAAGGGAGUUGUGAAGGUGGACCCACGCACCAUGCCCAACAUAUCCUCUGGUGUAUAUAUCAUGUCAACUAAGCCUGGACCCAAUGGUGGCAGUGGACUAAUUAAAAUAGACUCACCAAAUGUCAAAGUUGUGACUGGAGUGGGUCAGAAGCAAGGUGGAAUUAUGGCUGUGAAAGAUGCCAAAGUUGAUGCUGAUGCUGGGGAGAGAACAUCUCCCAUCAAAACAACUGUUCUUGGUAAAAAGCUUCAACCAAUAUCAUCUGCGUCGGCAAGCCCCAUGACUCCAAUGAAGUUGAUGCCGAAGUUGGUCUCGCCUCAAAUGAAAGGAGGUCUCAUCAAAGUGAACCCGAGCCCUCGAACCGCCACUCCCUCUGCUGGGGGCCUGGCGGGCGUGUCGGGGCCGCGCCCGCUCAUCUCGCCGUCCAUCAGGCCGGGCCUCGUGCGCAGUGCUGUCGCGUCGGGACCCAGGCCGGCCAUCGUGCCGCCGUCCCCCAGGAUGCCAACUGUUCUGGGCGGGGCGCGUGGUGGCAUCAGGCCGGUGCGACCCAAGCAAGCCUUGACUGUGGCCGGCGGCAGAGUAGUGUCUUCGUCUUCUCCGCUGGGAUCGGGCGUCAAAAGUGGCAUCCGGCCCAUUGAAGCCAUGUUAGGCACUGGUGCCCACACCCCGACCUCUAGUGCCACCUCUUCCAACGUAACUUUGCAGCCGAAACCUGUCCUUGGGAAGAAAGAAGAUGUAGCAUCCCUUUCCAAGAAAGAAUCAGCUAGCUUACUGGUGAACUCUGGUUUGAAAACAAAAACAGAGCCACUAAGGGGAGGAAUGAGGGGACGCGGGAGGGGCCGAGGCGGCCAUGUCGUUAGUGCAGCUCCGGUAAGAAGCCUAGAAGACAAGACAAAGUCACAGUCCAAUGAAGCCUUGAACUCCGAGCUCACAGAUGACCGUUCAGAUGAAUCAGAUUCAGAAUCAGACUGUGGUCUCCAAGAUGACUUCCCGACAGGUGAAAUGCCCCCACUUGAACCUGCCAGCCCAGAGAGACCUCUUACUUUAUGUCCUUUGACGGGCAACAUCCUGGCUCGAGCAGAAGGCGAGAAAACGCCUCCACCAACUCCUCCACCAGAGCCUGUACCAAGUCCUCAGCCCGCUCCUCCUCCCUCAAACACCGUUCUCUUGGAGGAAGAAAGUCUUGAGGGCGGAGAGCAGACUCUCAUUAAGGUGGAAAUGAGCCCUGGAGGUACCACCGGCACUGUUAUUGGAGAUGAAGGGACAACAUUGCUGCGGACCUCGAGUGGGCUUACUGUUAAAAGGAUGACUGGUGGAUCUCCUGGAAGGAGUGGAACUCUCUUAAGCACUGUGACCCAAGUGGCUGACACUUCUCAAAUGCAGGAAAUGUCUCUACCUACCCGUAAAUUAUUCACUGAAGAUGGACAGGAGAUAUCUGGCAUUGUUCCAGAGACAGAGAUGGUUACCAUUCAAGGACCAGAUGGUGUUGUGUACCAAGUUCAGGGUCAACUUGAAGAUGGCACACAGACACUCCUUGUCCAGGGUGAAGAUGGAGAGCAGCGAUGUGUUUAUGUUACGACAAAUCAAGAGGGUGAAGAUGGCUCUACUGUUUUAACAUUAGAUUCUGCGUAUGCUGAUGCUGUGGCACAGUUGGAUUCAAAUCAGGUGAGCAUACUGGGAGAUGGAUCCCAACUUUUAGUGCAAAACGAAGAUGGAACAACAACUCUUGGUGAUACACAUCUGAUGUCGGUCAUGGAAGGAGGUGAUAGGGAUGAUCCACAAGCGCAGAUUGUUGCGCAAGUGGUUCAGGCAGGAGAAGCUCCACCUGGGGGUGGACCACGAAAUGUUGUCCUUCUGUUACCUGAUGGUAAUCUGAUGGUCACAGAAGUAGAUGAAGAGCAAUAUGCUGCUUUAGAACUGGAGAAAACAUAAGAAAUUUUUGUUAUUCUUCAUUUGUCAGCUGAUCUCAUCAAAUUGCAGCUGCAAUAUAGAAACUUUUGAUAGUCAUCAAUUGACAGUUGCUGGUUUUCAUGCACUCCUUAUUCAGAAGAAUGUUGCAAGUUUCUAGUUCACAUUUGCACUUGGGAUUUCAGAGAAUAUUUUUUGUGUUGGUAAUGAUCAAGACCAGACUACAACUUGGGAUACCAAAGAGUUAAAGUGAGAAAUGACUUAUAAUGUCAUAUAUAGUUUUGAUAUCUGACCAAGGAUCAUUUAGUGUGAACCAAUACUGGGUUGUCCUCACCUCCUACAAAAAAGUAUGGUUUUAUCCUGGUAGGCCUGUGUCUGUAUGAACUAAAAGGGAGUUUCUACAUUGUAGCAAACUGCAGGCAACUGUUAUGUUUGAAAUGGAAGAUCUAUUGUUAUUGAUACUUCUCAACUGACUGAUUAUUAAAAGUUAGAAUGCAAAGUGUUCAUAGGUUUGCGUGUUAUUGGUGUGUCCUUAUAAUAUUUUUCUUUUGUCUAUGAAAGAAAUAAUAAUCUAUUCAGUGUAUCUAUAUCUGCUGAUUUUCCAGUUUAGAUUGUAUCAUUCUGAAUUAUUCUGUUUCUUACACUUGUUGAAACUUUGUACAUACUUUUUAGCAAUAAUUAUUUGCCAGCUGUUAUUAUAGACAAAUUUAUGUGUACAUUAUCAGAGCAUGUAAUGUUUGAUAUCUCUAAAGCUUCCAUUGAUUAUAUUUAAAUAUUUUGACUUUGUCGAGUAAAUAAAAUUACAAGUCUUAGACAUUCUAUAGUUGCUUACGAAAGCAAGGAUUAUUUCCAAAUUUUAGAACAGUGUAGAAGCACUGCCUCUGACAAAUUUAUACACUGAUUAAAGCCAAAUAGUUUAUACUGUAUGCAAUUUAUACACAUUUGAUAUGUGUAUGUGUGUUGUUUUGUAAAAUGUAAGCUAGCUAUCAAUAUGCAAGACAAAGGACAUUAAGUGUUGCUUUUUAAAAUGUAUUGUCCUCACUUGUUAUUGCACUUAAUACACUAAAAAUAUCAAACCA